GCGUUAUAACAUGACUUGGAGUGGCUUCUGCGACCAGCCUUGACCUUCCACGGAGAUAACUUAGGAAGCUGCCCAUUUGACGCGCUCAUCUCCUCUGGCGAUCAUGGCGUCCCCGCCGCCCACCACCACCGCUGGUGCCAUCGAAGGAGGCUGCGACUUCCUCGAUGCCGCCACCCUCCGCUCUUUGCUCACCCCCUCCGCCCUCAUACCCCACCUCCGCUCCUCCCUCCCCUCCCUCUCCUCCGCCGUCCAGGCCCCGCCCCGCCAGAGCUUCUCCCUCGACCCCUCCUCGUCCUCCUCCCUCCUCCUCAUGCCCUCCUGGUCCUCUGACGCUUCCCUCCCUUUCAUCGGCGUCAAGAUUGUCACCUCCUUCCCCCACAACUCCGUCCUCCGCCUUCCCGGCGUCCACGCCGCCUACCUCCUCUUCCGCUCCUCCACCGGCGCCCCCCUCGCCUCCCUUGACGGCACAGCCCUCACUUUCCUUCGCACCUCCGCCGUCUCCGCCCUCGCCGCCGCCUUCCUCGCCCGCGACGACUCCCGCGUACUCGUCAUGGCCGGUGCCGGCCCCCUCGCCCCCUACCUCAUCGCGGCCCACCGCGUCGUCCGCCCCGGCCUGAAAAGAAUCAUCAUCUGGAACCGAACCCCUGAUAAAGCUCGAAUCUUGGCAAGAGAUCUCCAAGAACAGGAGGCGCGAAGGGAAAACAGCGGGGUAAUUUUCGAGCACGCCGAGUGUUUGGACGAGGUGGUCGGGCUGGGGGACGUGGUGAGCUGCGCCACGAGGUCGGAGAACCCAAUUGUCAAGGGGAAGAAGCUGAAACCCGGGGCGCAUUUGGACCUGGUGGGCUCGUUUACCCCAGCGAUGAGGGAGUGCGACGACGAGGCGCUGGCGAGGGGGAGGGUGUUUGUGGACUUUGAGGUGGCGCUGGAGGAAGCAGGGGAAUUGGUGGGCGCGUUCCAGAGAGGGGUCAUGGCGGCGGAGGAUGUGGCAGGGACGUUGGCGGAGUUGGUCGGCGGGGCGAAGGUUGGGAGGAGGAGCCCAGAGGAGCUGACGGUGUUUAAGUCGGUGGGAACGGCGGUGGUUGACCUCCUGGCUGCACAGUUGGCUUAUGACACUUACUUGCAGGGUUCUCCAUGAACUUUUCCUUAAACAAGUUCAUGCUGCGGAGUCCUUGGAAGGCAAUCUGUUGCUGGACAUGGAUUUAGUUAAUACUGAUGUUGGUGUUUAAAUGGUAAAAUAAUACAGGUGAUGCUGAAAUACUGGAAGAUUAGGUACCACCAUGGCAUGGAAAAUAAUGUAACAAGCUGCUAGUUCUUAUAUAGGCGACUACUGUGUGUGCUUAAGAUUUUAUCCUAGUACAUUUCUACACAUCAAGCCAACUAUCAGGUCAUUCAAGGAAAAUUUGGCAGACCAGAAAUCUUGUAUGAAUACUAUGAUGUAUGCAAUUAUUCAAAAACUGAAGGUGGUUUGAGUGGCAGAUUUAAAAUCAAGUUAGUAGGUGGCCGAGUUAUCUUAAACCUGGGCAUCUACCAGCUCAAGGAAAUGAAGUGUUUGGGAAAUUCAAGUUUCUUCUGACAUCUAAAUACCA